AUGACCGAUGAUUCUCCGCUCAUUCUGGCAUCAGCUUCGCCGCGCCGCCUCGCGCUGCUGCAGCAGAUCGGGCUCGAUCCCGAUCACCUCAUGCCCGCCGACAUUGACGAGACGCCCAGGAAGCAUGAAACGCCCCGCAGUCUUGCACUGAGGCUUGCCCGCACCAAGGCCGAGGCCGUUCGCCAGUCGGCGGAUGCCUCACCGGAGCUCAAAGGGGGUAUCGUGCUUGCGGCUGACACGGUCGUCGCUGUCGGCCGUCGUGCGCUGCCGAAGGCAGAGCUGACCGAGCAGGCACUGAUGUGCCUGUCGCUUCUUUCCGGCAGGGGGCAUCGGGUCUUCACCGGUGUCGCCGUUGCAGAAGCCAACGGCAAGGUUCGCUCCAAGCUGGUUGAAACACGUGUCCGGUUCAAGCGCCUGUCCCGCAUGGAUGUCGACGACUAUAUUGCGUCAGGAGAAUGGCGAGGCAAGGCGGGUGGCUAUGCGAUCCAGGGCCUUGCCGGCAGUUUCGUCGUCAAAUUGGUGGGAUCUUAUCCCUCUGUUGUCGGACUGCCUCUGGUCGAGACGGCGAACCUUCUGAGUGCAGCCGGCUAUCCGGUUCAUCAGGGCUGGGCGACAGCUGCCGCCUGA